AUGGUUCGCAGGGUCCCCGCAGCCAAGAGCGGUGGAGGCUGCGCAGCUGCCGGGUCCCCUAGCAGCGGAGGGAGCAAAAGGCUGGGAGCUCGCGACCCUGGGCCUCGGGGAGUCGGGCAGCAGCCGCCAGUGGGGACCGGCGGGGAUGAGGGGCCAGGCGCCGGUUCGGCUUCGGCGGGUGGCUCUAGGCCGGCGGCGGCAGCGGCGGAGGCGGCGGCCCCUGGAGACAAACCUUUGUGCUGGGCCCCGCGCGGUCGCCUCCCGGCCUCAUCCCCGGCCGGGGAAGCGGGCUCCCGGGGCAGGGUGAGGCGAGGAAGGCCUCGGCCCGAGGCUCUGUGCAAGGGCUUCGCGGGGACGCGGCUUAGGCCCGGGCUCGCCAGGUCCUGA